AUGGCGGUGGCGGAUGUGCCCGGUCUCAUGGACAUUGCCAGUACCCUGGCCCAAGAUGAGAUCCCCUUUAAGCUACGAUGUGCCAUCUGCAAUAAGCUGGCAGUGAAUGCAUUUCGUCUCCCUUGUUGUGACCAGUCUAUCUGUGAGACCUGCCAAGCUUCCCUGUCCGAUACAUGUCCAGUCUGCACACAUACCCCUGUCUCUCCUGAUCUCUGCAAACCCAACAAGGCUCUUCGGACCACUCUCAAGGCUUUUCUGCGCACGGAAGAGAAGAAGCGGGAAAAGGACCGCCAAUCCGCAGCGCCUCCAACAUCAUCCAUUGUCACGCCUGCAGAUACAAAAAUCCCUGCCCAGGAUACAGAUCCUGAUCAAAAUGGGGCUGAGCCAGUGGCAUCUGUGGAGACCACCGCACCUCUCCCUCCGGGCCCUACGGAGCCUACAGAGUCAAAGCCUCGGGAGCCUGGACUAGACACACCAGCUCCGGAAAUAGUGGGAGAGAGCAUUCCAGAGCCAAGUGCCUCAGAUUCGGCAGAUCAGACAGCCCAGCCCGAGGCAACUGGUGAUCAAGUCAACGGCACCGAGCCGGCCCUUGAGACCACGACUGAAGAUGCCGCAGUCAACGACGCCCCAGUCAAUGGAGAACCUGCUCCCACGUCCGGGGAGGUUUCUGGGGAACCCGGUACCAACUCGAUGACCCCAAACAUGGCCGGAAAUUUCCCCGCGAUGGGCUGGAACGGAAACGGCAUGAAUCCUUUCAUGGCCGGCAUGUUCAAUUACCCGAAUACGAUGGGUAUGCCCAUGGGGAUGGACCCGAUGGCAAAUCAGGGGAUGUAUGGAAUGAACAUGACUGGCAUGGGCAUGAACACUGGAAUGAACUACAACGGGGGCAUGUAUGGAUCCUUAGGAUGGGACGCAUCCCAACAGAACAACAAUAUGUGGCAAGGCGGCCAAAAUAAAUUCAAUCCAAAUGCUUUCGCAAAUGGCACGGGCCCUCCUUACGGAGGAGCAUUUGGCGGAUCUAAUAUGUCUGCUUACCCUUCUCACCCAGAUUAUCAGUCCGGUUACUACGGCGGCUACGGUCGUGGUGGCUACCGAGGACGAGGCCGUGGCCAGUUUCAUGGCUCCGGUCGAGGUGGCUUUGGACCCAUGCAAGGCCAUUACCGUCAGGGUGCUAACUCAGGCUAUCCCAACCAGAAUCCAAGCAUGUCUAAUGGUCUGAACAGUACUCAAAUGGAUGGUCAAGGUAAUGUCCAGACAAAUGGGGCUCCAGAAUCAGGUGAAACUGGACCCGAUGUACCUGGUAAUCCAGACGAUAUCCCCACAGGCACAGACCAACCAACCCAACUCCAAGGAAUUCCUACCAUUGACAGCCUUGAUAAUUCUGUACCAACUGGCCCUGGAUACGGUACUAAUGGGUAUGGCCAAUACAGAUAUGGCCGAUAUGGACAAGAGCGCGGGCCAGGCGUCGAAGGCGCUCCAGCUGCUCCGCGUGCCAUGCGGCAGGGGCUACCCAACACCAGUGUGCUACGACAGCGUGGCUUCCAGAUUCAGGGCCGAGCCAGUAUCUCUGGUGAACCUACUGAGGAUGAUCACACAAUGGCCACAUCUAAUGCCCUGUCCCAACGUGCACAGUCUCGAUCCCAAUCACCCUCACAAAACCUAGCUUCUCGCCCCCGUUCCCCGUCUGUUCAUGGUACUGAAGACGACCGUGAGAGUCGGCGUGGGGCAGAAGCCAGACGCCCAGAUCGAGUUGAUGAGCUACAAUCCAGCGCCCGUCACUCCCGCUCUCCAUCCCGCACGUCCUCUCGUCCGUCCUCGCGACGCCGACAUCAUGACAGUGAUCGGGAACGAGAUCGAAGAAGCAACCACCGCUCACAACGCUCGCGUCGUCAUCGCAGCCGUAGCCGCAGCUCAAGUCGCCUAGAAAAAAUCGCAGAGAAAGAUAGAUCCAAUGGCAGGACCAAAGCGUCCUCUGAAGCCCCGGAGUCGCAGGAUCUAGCAAGCCGAAUCAGCAGCACCUACCGCUCCUCCAAGGACAGAGGGAGCCGACGCGAAGAUGACAGAUCACGAGAACAGGACCGAGAUCUCCGACGCCGAGAUCGUGAUCGAGACCGCGACCGAGACCGCGAUCGUCGAGGCAGAGACCGCGAUUCCGAUCGCGAACGUCGCCGUGAUAGCGACCGUGAUAAAGACAGGACUUCAGAGCGCGACCGAGAUCGACCAAGAGAGCGAGAGCGGGAUCGGGAUCGGGACCGCGAUCGCAAGCGUUCUCGCCGCGAUCGGUCUCCGUCUGCCACCGGCGGCGACCAUCCCCAAGCCCGUCGGAUGAAACGUGGCGAUGAGGACCGUAGUCGGGACACGAACGGAGCCUCGACCAAAAAGGCCGAGCCCGAUAAAGACCCUUACACACUUGAGCGCGAAGCGCGCAAUAAGGAGCGCCUUGAGCGUGAGCAGCAGCACCGUGACAAGGCCAAGUCUGGCCGCCGCCGUGAUAGCCGGCAGGACCGUAUGGUGGCGGGCCGUCGCAUCAACUACAAGUACGAAGAUGAACUCUGA